AUUCGCGUAAAAUUCGUAAAAUCAGCAGUGGUGAGGGAGACGCGUCUCGACAAGCAUCUCGCAGUCUUUAGAAGCUGGUUUUUCUUUUACACGAGUCUUAUAUUAAUUAAUUACAACUGGAAAAUUGUGGAAAAGUUGUAAAAUCUACAAAAAGAUGAAAGCUUUGGCAGAGAAAUUAUUUUCUCGUUGGUUAGUCUUCACUUUUGCUGUGUCCUUGCUUUUGGUGCAAGAAAGCCUGCAAAAGAACACUGAUGUGGUAGAAGAAACUGCUAAAUUAUUGUUGGCUGCAAACAGCAAACUGAAUGGAACAGCAGACUCAAAUAUAAAUUCGAAUGAAUUUUGGCAAGCUGUCUUUCUCUUCAAAGCUCAACCAAAGGCUGAUCACGUGCAGCGCUCAAAGAAAUUGGUCCAACGCGUGUUCAGUGAGAUGUGGGACUCGCCCUGCAGAUGCAAAGCCGGCUUACUCAUGCAAUUUCUAACGCACACAAAUUCUGCGUCCGGCUUCAGAGAGAUGUGGGAUAAGUUCCGUGUGCAGGGGAUUUUCGUUGAAAAUCCCUACGUAGUAUUCACAAUAAACUCUUUCCUCCGCGCAAUGUACAAUUGCUGCUUCCACAAUUUGCCUCAAGAAGAACAGGACGAACUCCUUGCACUUCUUCCUGAUGUUGCUGCCGAGCGAGCGCUGCUGUUAGAAGAACUGGAGCACGAAUUGGUUGAGCAGACUGACCAGCCUUUUAGAAACAAAACGAUUCUUAUUGCAGCUCAGUUGAGUUUGGAUGCAACUGCACUGAGGAAGAUUGUUCAACAAGUAACACCGGCUUUGCAAAGUGACCAGCUGAGUGUGACACGAGUCGGCGAACUGAUCCUCAGAAAUGAAGCGACCUUCUGCCAGGCCGGCAGAGCAAUCCAAGAGGCAAUAGCCGAGAAUGGUUCAGGGUGCCAAAUGAUGCGUCUGUACCUCACGGCGCUCGACGGGCUGCCUUUUGUCCGCGAGUACACUACCACAAAGCAUUUUGAGGAGCACUGCGUCCCUCUGGCCAACGCAGUUCGCACAGCCUACCAAAUCACUCGGUCUGCCACGCCAAAGGAGCUGCUCAGCGUUUGUUUGAGGAACGCCUGGUCCGAGAUGUUGCGCCUGUCGCUGAACGACGCGACAAAAUCAGAGUCGCCAGCGGUGCGGAUUCGGAACGGCGCGCAGGUGUCCGGAACCGAUCAAACAGAUGACCUGAGGAAUCUAUUUCGCUCGCUAAAUCUCGGCCCUUGCGAGGAUCAGGAAAUCCAAAUGAAAGUGACACGGGAAGUAGGACUGGAGAAUACGGCUGGAACGCUUGUGCGAGUCGUGUCCCUUAAAGAUAUCAUCAAUCGCAAUGCUACCUUGCCAGCCGACAAAGCAAUCUGCGAACGCUUGCUUACCGAACUGCCUGAAUGGGCCCUUGGUUUGUCUCGUGGAGGAAAUUGCCAGCUGAAAAACAGACAUACUGGUCGCGAAUUAAAGCUGCGUCUGACUUUCAACGAAGUGGGAGCUGCUAAACUUUUGACAAAUGAUGGGCUUUACGUUCAAGCAGAUAAAGACGGUGACCAGAUCAAACUGUCCAACCAGCCGGAAUCUAAAGAAAAAAACCAAGAGUGGUUCAUCGAGCCAGUGGUAGAUUCAGCUGAAGAAGAAAAAUAUUUUGACGUUUUCGUCCAAAAUGGUUCAGGGCAGAUCAAUUUAGUAGACGAUGACUUCAACUGCACGCAAAUGAACUGUUCAACAGAUGUACUGCUCAGCCUGAGGCAUUGGUCCAUUAAAUGCGUUUAAAAUAGAGUUUGCAAUGAAAACUAAAAUCACA